AAUCAUAAAAGCCAUGUUGAAAAGCCAACUUAAAUAGCUUCCAGAAAUUACUCACAAGAACGUCGAUAUCGAUUGUUUUUAAAGCAUUCUCUUAUGUUGACAUCUUUAGUUGAUUCUUACCUUAAGUCGAAAUAAUAAACAAUUCUCUAGGAAUCGUUGGAGACUUCUCUGCAACCUGAAUUUCAUUAACUUCUCUUCUUAAAUUUGAUUUCACUUUCUUAGAAAUCAAUUUUAGUCAGACUAAACUGAAGAUGGGUGAGAUCUAAAAUUGUCUCAAAGAAGAAAAGUGUCAUCCUUCGAAAUAGUCCCGAAUGGAACAUAAAAAAUAAAGAAAAUAAAGAAGGGAGAAAAGAAAUAUUCUUUUCGAAGUCAGAAGGCAACCCGCCAACACAAGUUGUUUUUGCUAUAUGGUAGGCGAUGCAUCAGAGCUUUAGAAUUCACAGAAAUAGUUAUAUUGCUGCAUUAUGAUCAAUACUUAUCUGGAUCAGGCUCAAAAAAGUUCACUAACUAAAAGAUAGUUUAAUUUACGAAGAUUCAUUGGAUAGUAAAGGACUUCUUUGGAUUUAUAUAAAUUAAUUUCAAGCGAUUUAUUUAAAAGGUUAAAGAUGAUCUAAAAAGCUAGAAAAUGUCAAAAGACGGUAAACUCUUGAGACCGCCUUCCUAUCCAGGGAGUCCUAUGGAAUGGCCUCACAACAAAACUCAAUAUGUUGUGAUAAAUCCUAUGCAUAUCAUUAACCUUCAGGACAGAACAAGAUCAACUGCAGUGCGGAUUUUAGAAGCUAUAAAAGCUUUUUCAGAAAAAUGGUUUUCUCAUAUAUUAUUGUUGAUCUUCUUAUUAAUUUAUGCAGUUGUUGGCGCAUUACUUUUCCAGUGGUUAGAAGGUGAAGUUGAAGAAAAAGAAAAAACAAGUGUUACUCAUUAUAGAGACUUAGCUGUUAACUUUUUAUAUGAACGACAAACUCAAAAUUUAUCUGAAUGGAGGCGAAUAGUUCUUGGUAGAUUAAAAGAAUACGAAAAACAGUUAGAUCAGUUGAAGUGUAGCAGAAUACCACUUGCUUCAGAGGACAUUGGUUGGACAUUUUGGGGGUCUUUGUUCUACGCUGGAACUAUCUUCACAACUAUUGGUUAUGGAAAUAUAUAUCCAGUGACAGUGAGAGGUCAAGUAGCCACCAUUUUAUACGCUUUUAUUGGUAUUCCAUUUCUUCUGAUGGUAUUAGCUGAUCUUGGUAAGCUCUUUACUCGUUGGAUAAAAGCUGUCUUUUUCUAUGUCAAGUUAUUUUGUCAAACUGGCAAGUUCAGAAAAGCAAGAAAAAUGGGACGAAGAGCUACAGCUGUUCCAGUUCAAUACAUGUCAGUAGCGUGGAACAAAAUGCCUUACAUCAUGCCCUAUCAAAGCCGAUCUAAGAAACGCCGUUCAAGUGAUGUUGCCGAAGAUAUUGAGAUGGAUGGAAGAAAAGCUGAUUCAGCUGAUGAACUGGAAGAAAAAAUACACAAAAAAGAAAAGAAAAAGAAGAAAGAAAGCGGGAAAGAGAAUACAGUAAUUGAUAAAAACGAGAAGAAAAAAGAAAAUGGGGGAAAAAAUACAGAAAUUGAUCAAAAAGAAGAAGAAAAGGAAAGCGGAGAAGAUUACAUCAUAGAAUCAAAUGAAGAUGAAGAUGAGUUCAACUUACCCGUAUCAUUAGCAGUCCUUUUAUUGGUUGCAUACAUGAUGUUAGGAGCCUUUUUGUUUCACCUUUGGGAAAACUGGACUUUUUUCGAAUCAUUUUAUUUCGUUUUUAUAUCAAUGAGUACCAUUGGUUUUGGGGAUUAUGUCCCAGAACAUCCAGCAUAUAUGAUGGCAACUUUCAUUUAUUUACUAUUCGGAUUAGCUUUAACUUCUAUGUGCAUAAAUGUUGUCCAGGAAAAAUUAUCUGCAACAUUUCAAAUGGCUAAAUUACACAUUGGAACCAAGAUUGGGCUUGAUGCUAAUAUUUUGAUGGAGGAUGACAUUUUGAGUGGAUCUGAAACUCCUGAUAGUCGCAGGAGAGGAAGUUCAGUCAAAUCUCGAAGAGGAUCAAAAUCUGCACAAUCUUCUCCUCCACGUACAGAUGAUGAAAUAGACACAAUUGUUACUCAUACUAGCGAAAAUGGAGUUACCGUUGAAGCAGUGAAAUAGAAAGCUGAUUUAUUUUUUAUGUUUUACACUUUUAUAUGAAAUAUUUUUAGUCACAAAAAAUACAUGGUGUCCCAAAUUAGACAAAUUGAUUUUAAAAUAUUAUUGCAGGGGAAAAAAUAACUUGCAGAAACUUUAUCUGAAUGGACAUAAGUGUUUCAUCCCAGAUUUUUUAUUUUUAGUUCAAAAAUUUUCAACAGAUGGCACUGCAAGUAGUAAAUCUGUAAAUCAAAGACUGAAAAAUUACAUCAUGAUUUUUCGAAAUGACAUUAGAAUAUUUUCAAAACAUCCACCAUUUGUCACAAUAUUAUGUCGUUAUUGUAAAGCGAGAUUUUUUAUACAUCAAAACACAACUAAAGAAAUGUAGAAAAGACUUACAGUGCCAUUUGUAGAAGAAAAUUUCUAACUUAAAUCAGGAGUUGUAAGUGAACGAAUUUAUGCCUUGUCACAUGAAUUUGAUGCAAAAACUUUUUUUUAUCCUUAACUGUUUUCCUGUUAUAAAUUUAUGAAAACCAUCAGUCUAAUGGAUGGCAAGUGAUGAGAGGAACCAAAUAACUGUUCUGUUUUCUUAGUAAAUACUUACCUUAACUUUUGAUGGUAUUCGAAGCCAAGAAAGAAUUUCAACUAGUUCUGUUACAUAAGCGAGCUCUGCUAGUUUCUUUGUGUGAAAGGGACAAUUACGAUUCAGAACUGGUAUUUGUUAAGAUUUGGAGCUAACUGGCAGCAAAUAUCUAUGUUUUGUUUUGGUAAUAGGCUCGGUUAACAGUUAAGUUCGCUUCGUCUAAAAUGAACAGAUAUCCCGUGAGAAACACCCUGUAGUCGCGCAAUAUAUCGGAAAAUUUGUUAUCAUAAAAGUUUUAUUCUUUGAUCAAAAGUUAUUACACUAAGUGGAGCACG